UUUCAUUUUUCUUCUCCGUUGUUUUCUUGCUGUGUAGUGUUUAUCAGUGGCAAUCUUUAUGGCUACUUGUACACUGCAGGCAGCAUGCGUGACAUGAAGGCGAGUUGCGACGUCCUUGCCGGCGGAGUGACUCGCUCUUCUGAGAAGUAGCGCAAACGAGCUUUCAGAUUCCAUGCCAUAUGUCAGUGAUUAUAAGACUUUGUAGACAUGACUGUUACUACACCCAUAUGCACACUGAACUUGUCUGCUAAGCCCAAGCCUGGUGAGUUGCCCUUUAACCCUUUUGGGCACUGCUCGCCAUUUGCAGAGAAAAUUAUUUUUCACAAUGAAAGAUCUAAGCAGGUGUCUCAGUGAAACUGAAUAAACAAAUGACAAACAAGAAACUACAAUUGUUUCUUUUUUACAGCUACAUACACAGUUGUGUGCAAAGCAUCAUGGUGGUAAGAACAUUUAACGAUGCCUCUUUCAGGCAUGGAAACUAAAGCAGUUGCAGUGCAGUCCUUUGUCAGGAAGACGGGUACAACCUCUACUGGCCUCUGCAGCUCUAUAUAUUUGAGAUACAUGGCUCUGAGCUGGAUCUGCUUCUGGGCAGGGUCCCAAGCUUCUAGCCUUAGUCUUUCUUUUUGACGUUUUCAAAGCCAUGUUCACAUUCAUGCAUUUUAUUUGAAUGCUGCCCCCACGUAUUAGUCAUUCCAGCAAUAGGUCUCCUCAAUUUGGCUACACUUUCUGCACCAGUUCAGGCGUUGCUGCACUCUCGCACUCAAUUUGCCAGUGCAGCUAGCACCACCUGCACUUCGGCACUCGAUUUGACGUCAUGCUGCACGAGUUCAUCUGGACUUCAGCACUAGCUUCCUCACGAGUUCUCAUGAAUAGUGCAAGAUACCUGUGCACGCUGUUUGUAGCAGACAGCUCCGUGGCCAUGCUUGUGCUUGUGAAUGGCGCUGAAACGGCAACGUUUCCCGUGAUAGACGAGCAUGGUUGUCACAUGCAGCACGAUGGAGCGUUUGUAUACGAGACAGAAGGCGGCCUUCGCAUCAGCAUUGAGCAUGAGGCAGCACCAGCCUCACCUUCGCUCGCAGUAGCUGCUGCCUUUGGUGCCUCCAGUCAGGCCGUCGUCCAGCCCACUCCUUCGCCGCCUUCACCUGCUAGUCAGCCUUUGACCGCCACUCCACCGCCAGCGUCCGCUGACAAUGAACGCGAGGUGUGGAGUACGCGUAAAUCGAAGUUUUUGAUUUGCAAGUACAAGGAAUUCAAGGACAGCAUUGGCAAGAUGGGCGGCUUUAAAGUCACCUCCACCGCCACUAACUUGUGAAAUGGCAGCUAAAGAAGCACUACAAAUUUUGUGCGCGCUUUGAUAAGGCAUGUGCAUGUGAUGCUGCAUCAUGCAUGUGCAUGAUGCAGCAUCACAUAAGGCCGAUGCAGCGGCGUCUGUUGUUUGGAGUUAAUCAACUGUAAUUGCCAGGUACUAAUACGCGAUAAAUUCUUUUCACAGGACCAAAAAGGCCAUGUGGGAAAAACUGGCCGGUGAAAUAAACAAAGAAUUUCACGUAGCAUGAUCCCUCUUCAAAUUGAGAACAAAUGGAAAUCGAUGGAGAGAUCCUGCAAGAAAACAAAGAUAAGGAACGGAUCAUCCGGUCAUUCUCGUGCAGCCUGCGAGUACGAGGGGUAUGGAAAGCACUUUUUCCCGU